GACUGGGGACCCCAUGGGGCAGAUCGGGGCUUGAGGGGGCAGCUUGGGGAGGUCGUGGGGUAGGUUGGGGCCUGUGGGGCAGGCCAGGCCCCUGUAGGGCAGUGACCGUGUGGGGCAGGAGGCUCGGGCUGGCCCCUCCGUCCCCCCCAGCGCUGGCUCACGGUGCCCCCACCGUGGCCCCCGCUGCCGGCGAGCCUCCCCCAGCCAGGCUCCCCGCAAAACCCUGCGGGCUCCGAGGGAAACCCCCGUUUCUGUAGGGUUUUCCUGCCGUCAGAGGCCCGUUUGCUGCCGCCACCCCCGGGCACGAGGCUGCUCUGGCUGCAGGGAAGGCAGAGCACAUCCGCAGGAGGUGGCUGCAGCGGGGUUUGGCACCUGCUUCCUCGGGGGGAGCUGCAGCAUCCCUUCCCCGGGGGGCGAGCAGGGCUGCGGUGGGGCGAUGCCGCAGCGCCGGCACCCAGCUCGAAGGCUGCCCCUCGUCCCCAGUCUUGGCUGCUGCUCCGCCGAAACCUGCUCGUUACUGCUGGUAAACAGCAGUGCCUUUCUGAAGGGAAGGGCUGCAAAACAAACAGAAAUCCUCCCCGGCCUCCUGGCAAGGCCAGAAAGGCGAUAGCUGGAUGUAAGGAGGCUCCUGACGUCGUUGUUUUUUUCUGCCGGUGCCCCGAGCAAAUGGAGAAAGGGGAACGCUGCAAACACGUUGUCCGUAGAGGAUUCACAGGGGUUCACGCUGGGCAGAAGCAGCUGAAUCCCUAAAAAUGGAAAUCGCCACUCCUCCGACGUCAAAGUGUAUUAUAUACUGGAAAAGAAAAGUCAAGUCUGAAUACAUGCGUCUUCGGCAGCUCAAGAGGUUUCAGGCGAACAUGGGAGCCAAGGCUCUUUUUGUGGCCAACUUUGCAAAGGUUCACGAAAAGACUCAAAUUCUGAAUGAAGACUGGAAGAAGCUUCGAGUUCAACCAGUGCAGUUGAUGAAGCCAGUCAGCGGGCACCCUUUCCUAAAACAGUGUACCGUUGAGAGCAUUUUUCCCGGAUUUCCAAGCCAGACGCUGUACAUGAGGACGCUGAACACGGUGGCUCUGGUGCCCAUCAUGUACUCCUGGUCCCCCCUUCAGCAGAACUUCAUGGUGGAGGAUGAAACUGUUCUGUGCAACAUCCCUUACAUGGGAGAUGAGGUGAAGGAAGAGGAUGAAACCUUCAUUGAAGAACUCAUUAAUAACUACGAUGGGAAAGUUCAUGGAGAGGAAGAAAUGAUUUCAGGGUCGGUCCUCAUCAGCGACGCUGUGUUCCUGGAGCUCGUGAACGCCCUGAAUCAGUACUCGGACGAGGAAGAGGAAGGACACAAUGAUUCUGAGGUUAAGCAGGAGGAUGGGAAAGAGGAGCUGCCAGUCACGCGGAAAAGGAAACGAAUUGCAGUGGAAGGUAACAAGAAGUGUUCAAAGAAGCGGUUUCCAAACGACAUGAUAUUCACUGCCAUUUCUUCCAUGUUCCCUGAGUAUGGCUUUCCAGAUGACAUGAAAGAGAGGUACCGAGAGCUCACGGAGGUGUCGGACCCAAAUGUGCUGCCCCCGCAGUGCACCCCCAACAUCGACGGGCCCUGCGCGAAGUCGGUGCAGCGCGAGCAGUCCCUGCACUCCUUCCACACGCUCUUCUGCCGGCGCUGCUUCAAAUACGACUGCUUUCUGCACCCUUUUCAUGCUACUCCUAAUGUGUACAAACGAAAGAACAGAGAGACGAAAAUCGAGCCGGACCCUUGUGGAGCAGACUGUUUCCUCUGGCUGGAAGGAGCCAAGGAGUUCGCUGCGCUGCACAACCCGCGGUCCAAGUGCUCGGGCAGGCGCCGCCGGAGGCACCAUGUGGUCAGUGCUUCCUGCUCAAACACCCCGGCCCUCGCUGAGACAAGGGAGGGAGACAGCGACAGAGACACGGGCAAUGAGUGGGCCUCUAGUUCCUCGGAGGCAAACUCCCGCUGCCAGACCCCCACCAAGCAGAAGCUGAGCCCAGCCUCGUCCCAGCUGUUUGCGGUGGAGACGCAGCAGGAGCCGGUUGAGUGGACGGGAGCCGAGGAGUCGCUCUUCCGCGUCUUCCACGGGACCUACUUCAACAACUUCUGCUCCAUUGCCAGGCUGCUGGGGACAAAGACGUGCAAGCAGGUCUUUCAGUUUGCAGUUAAAGAAUCGCUUAUAACAAAACUGCCAACAAACGAAUUAAUGAAUCCAUCCCAGAAGAAGAAAAGGAAGCACAGGCUGUGGGCCGCGCACUGCAGGAAGAUCCAGCUGAAGAAAGAUAACUCGCCUACCCAGGUGUACAACUACCAGCCGUGUGACCACCCCGAACAUCCUUGUGACAGCUCCUGCCCUUGCAUCAUGACCCAGAACUUCUGUGAGAAGUUCUGCCAGUGCAACCCUGACUGUCAGAAUCGCUUCCCAGGCUGCCGCUGCAAAACCCAGUGCAACACCAAGCAGUGCCCGUGCUACCUGGCCGUGCGGGAGUGCGACCCGGACCUCUGCCUGACCUGCGGGGCUUCGGAGCACUGGGACUGCAAGGUGGUCUCCUGCAAGAACUGCAGCAUCCAGCGAGGUCUCAAAAAGCACUUGUUGCUGGCACCUUCGGAUGUCGCUGGCUGGGGGACUUUCAUCAAGGAGUCCGUGCAGAAGAACGAAUUCAUCUCGGAGUACUGCGGGGAGCUUAUUUCGCAGGAUGAGGCUGACCGGCGAGGAAAGGUCUAUGACAAGUACAUGUCAAGUUUCCUCUUCAACCUCAACAACGAUUUUGUCGUUGACGCCACUCGCAAAGGAAACAAAAUCCGCUUUGCCAACCACUCCGUGAACCCCAACUGCUAUGCCAAAGUUGUGAUGGUGAACGGAGACCACCGGAUAGGGAUCUUUGCCAAGAGGGCCAUCCAGGCGGGAGAGGAGCUCUUCUUUGAUUACCGGUACAGCCAGGCAGACGCCUUGAAGUACGUUGGCAUAGAGAGGGAGACGGAUAUCAUCUAGGCUGUGUGCCGGGGGGUCCCCAGCACUCCUUGCUGCUGCACCUUGUAAGCGAUGCCAUGUUUGCUUCACGCUGACAUGACUGCUGCCCGUGUUCCCCUUGCUGUGUGUGUCACAAGUGCUACUUGCUGCCCAGACACCCGGAGAGAGACUUGGGGCAGGAGUGUGAGCAGCUGCUGCCCGGGUAUCAGCUCUGCCCAGCCCCGGCGUGGGGCAGGCUCCAGCACCUUCCCUGCUGGCUGUCUCCUGGGCUGGAGGGAGCCCGUGGACCGAGGCAGCUGGGGCUUGAAGAAAAGCUGUGGUGCAGACGGUUUCCAGUCACCAGCUUUCAGCCUCUUUCCAAUUUUCUGCUGGCUGCUGAAAGCAAGCGAGGGACUGCCUGCACCGAGACCCUCGGGGCACGGCUCGGGGGCAGCGCCAGCUCCCCUGGGACAAGCUCUGGUCUCUGGUGCUGCCUCUCGCUGCCUCUUUUGUCCUGCUGACUAGGACAGCGACAGCAUCGGAAGCCGGUGAGCUGUGGCCACAUGCCUGCACGUCCCCGAGCCCCACAGCUGCUGUCCCUGGGUCUCUUUUUCCCUCUGCCCCAGCUGGCUGGAGGACAGAGACCACCAGCACGUGGCUCGUGUGGCCCGAUCCCCUGGGACGGGGCAAGCAGCACUAUGCAAAAAGUCACUUUGGGUAGGGAAGCUACUGAGCUGGUUAGAGACGAUGUUACGGGGGUGCUGCUGCAAGCACAAGGGGAAUCCACAGAAAGAAAGCACUGGGGAGCGGGAGGGAGCCCUCCCAGCCCGCAGCUGGCUGGGUCUGCUGGGGCUGGGGCAGCUCUGGGGCUGCGGGGGGAGCCCCCCACUGCUCGGCUGGGGCUGCAGCCAGGCUGGGAGCUGGGGCUUUGGCCGUGCUCCAGGCAGGUGCUUCCUGACCACGCAGUACCAAAGCUGCUUCCCCCACCCUCCUCUGCCAGGACAGUCCUUUUCGGAGAGGCAUGGGCCCUUUGAGACACGCCAGGCGCUUCAGGAGCCCUUCGCAUUGCACAGAAUUGCUUGGAUGUUGCUUCGGUGAGGUUUGAUCAGGGCGCAGCAGACCCGCAGCUGCUAUGUGCAGUGACGGAGGGGAAGGCUCCCCGGAAAGCUCUCCGGAGGCUUCUGAUGCUUUGGUCCUGGCCUUGGCCUUGGGGGUAAAUGGGAAAUGUUCUCUGGCAAGGUGAGGUUUGGCCUUAGCACCCCAUGCAAAAAGAAAAAGAAAAAAGCACUUUAAACUAAGCAUUCCCAGCCAGGCAGCUGAGCCCCGUGCGCUGCCCAGGGUGCUCUCAGGUUGGGGGGGGACCACGGACGUCCCAGACCGCCGCCGUCCUUCAGCAGCACCUUUGUGGGGCUGUUUGUCCAGGCCUGGGUGGGUGGGUGGAUGGAGGGAUUGAUGGAGGAAUGGAUGGAUGGAAGCCCCUUCCCUGAGCAGGGAGCUGGGCCUGAAGGUUGGGGCUGUCCCCUAGGAGCCACGUGUGCUGCCAGCUGGCCUGGCGUGGGAUGCAGGAAGCUGCUGGACUCCUGUGCCAGCCUGGAGCGGUGCUGCGGGACGGUGUUUGUCCAGGGCUGGAACCGCUGCCCUGCUCCUCUGGGAACCGCAGGGCUCCCACGCAGGGCAGGGCACGGCCCCCAUCGCAUCCCCAAAUGCAGAGAGCGCCCUGGGUCUGCACGGGGAGCUGAGCCCCUCCUGGCCCGGGUCUGCUCCCGUCCUGCCCGCUGUCCGUCCCGGCUGGCGGGGCUCUGGGUCCGUCUGGAGCAGCGCUUGUACCCCAGCCCCGCUCCCUCGCCCCCAGCCCCGCUCCCGCUGCCUCCGUCCCCCGGCUUGCCCCGGCCCCGCUGUCCGCUCGGUGUCCUCUGCCACGUUGGCCGUAUCUGCACUAUGCCAGGCUUGUGUCUGUGGUUCGUUGACGGUGAAUUAUAAUGCACUUUAAAAAGAACGCGGCUUGUAGCCUUUGUCAUAAUAAAGUGGUCGCCAACACCC